AUGAACCUUCUCUUCCCUGCCAUCGCCCACACCCCUUCUGGGCAAACCCCAGGUUUCCCAGAUGAGCCCGAACAAUGGCCUACUGCGCUUAAGAAUCAUAUCAAGGAGAAGAUCAAGAACCGAUCCAGCGCUUCCUCUACCAAGAGCUCGACCAAGACAAUCGCCGACGAUGCCUCCAUACACUCCACUGUUUCUACCGCAACUACUCUCAAGGGUACAGCGGACGCCAACAAGAAGAAGUGGUUCUCUCUGAGCUCCAAGCCAACCAAGGUCUCUGACAAGGAGGCUGCUCUCAAGGCUGUGCACAAUGAGGCCGUUGCCAGCUACUUCAGCAUGCGCUAA